AUGGCCUUCCCUCCGAACCUCACUUCAAUGCCCGACCACCAGAAACUCGACUUCAACCCGACCACGCCCACCGCUUCACCGUACCCCGACCCAUCUUCUGACAUGAGAUUUGACCUCUUCUGGUUCACUUUCGAACAGGCAUGGAAAGGCGUCGCAGCAAUACCGUCAGAUGAGGCUCUCAACCGCCACGACAUCCUCACCAACCCGACUCACGAGGCACACAAAUUCUUCCUCUUCUUCCUCUCAUCCAUACUGGCCGACCUAAGCUACCACGACAGGCUCGAGUGGGGACGGUGCUUUGAGACAAUGGUCAUCCAUUACCUGUAUUUCUGCCGCAAAGCUGAGCCCAUAGCCCCAUUCGAGCCUGAGAUUGCCGCAUUCUACCUCGCCCUGGGCUCCGACGCAUAUAACGAGAGGAUCAACAACCUAGCCUCGGUGCCCACGAACGCCUUGGUGCCGAUAUACCGCCUUGUCCCACUGUGGAGGGUAGCGUUGGACGCGAUUGGCAAGUACCAUGCCUUGCUUGCGGAAGAGCCGACUGCUGCAGAGACCGAGUCCUCCUAG